CAGUACGAACGCCGAAGGCGGCGGACGGGGUCCUGACAUGGACAAGCUGAAGAAGGUGCUGAGCGGCCAGGACACCGAGGACCGCAGCGGUCUGUCCGAGGUUGUGGAGGCGUCAUCGCUAAGCUGGAGCACUAGAAUAAAAGGCUUCAUUGCAUGCUUUGCUCUAGGAAUCCUGUGCUCACUGCUGGGUACUCUUCUGCUGUGGGUGCCCAGGAAGGGACUCGGCCUCUUUGCAGUGUUUUACACUCUGGGUAACAUCACAUCAAUCGGGAGUACCAUCUUCCUCAUGGGGCCAGUGAAGCAGCUGAAGCGGAUGUUUGAGCCUACGCGUCUCAUCGCCACAAUCCUGGUGCUGUUGUGUUUUGCACUUACCCUGUGCUCUGCCUUUCUGUGGAAUAAGGGACUUGCACUCAUCUUCUGUAUUUUGCAGUCUUUGGCCUUGACAUGGUAUAGCCUUUCCUACAUCCCAUAUGCAAGGGAUGCUGUGAAGAAGUGCUUUGCUGUGUGUCUUACAUAACGCACUGCCAGUGUGCAGGGAGGACUGGAUGGAAGCUGGUGGACAGUUCUGUAAAUGCCCUCUGAACCUCUCUCUCACAGACACGUGCCUUUACUAGCAGCAGUGUGUUGCUUACAAUUUGAACAUUUUUGAGGGUUGCCUGUGGGAGCAGUCAUGAGUCCUAAACCCUAGUGUCUGUAACACACAAUGUGAGGUUCUGUGGCUUGUGUAGACAACUCUUCUUGUGACUGUUAUCCUCUGGGAGGUACUCCACCGAGUUCUCACAGGACAGUCUUUGUCUAAUAGCAGCAGAUAAACCUCAGGAGCCACUGAUUCCCAGGCGGCGGCAGGGAGGUCUAGCAGGGUCUCCAAGAAAACCAUUGCCACAGCUCCACACAGCGUCUUCCCUGAUGUUUGAGAACAAGUGAUUCUGCCUGUCCUAAGACCCCUGGAAGCCUGCCCUGGAUAUGUUGUUCCUUUUUCUAGAUGGCACCUUCUUGCUGUUCUGAAUUCAGCUUACUAUGGAAUGUAUUUUUAGUGUUCAAUGUGGAUUCUUUCUCUUGCCCUCACCUCCUAUGUCUUGUCUUGUGACCUUGUGACACUGGUUAAUUGAGAGUGAAGUAGUGACCUAAAAUGCUAUUUCCUUUUGGACAUGAGCCAUUAGAAAGUGAAAAAUCUUCAUGUUCUUUGCUUUGUUUAUUUGCUUUCAUUAUUUAUAAAUAUUUACUUUCUGUUCUUUGCUGGAGUUGGGAUAAGGGAAGUUCAUGGAAGACAGAUCCCUCGUGGGCCAGCAAGAAGUAGGCACGCCUGCCAAGCAACCUAAAUGGUCCAGCAUUGACACUCAGCCCACACUGGACAUUGGUGGUCAGCCUGUGGGUGGUCAUGCUGCAGCCUAGUGCCUAACCACACACAGAGCGUUCUUGUGUUGGGGAUCUCGUCUGGUCCUCAUGAGAGCCAUGUGAGUUGUCUCACUGCAGUCAAGGACCAGGGCUCAGGUUGGUCUCUGUAUCCCCUGGAGCUCCAGCUGUGGCCUGAUGCUCAGUCUUCGUUAUGACGCCGACUCUCCUGGCAUGGCUCUGCUCAGAGCCUGUGUCACCUCUCAUAACUUCCUUUUGUCCUCCUGGCCUUUUCUGAUUUCAGCAUCACUUGUGCUGCCUUCUACCUGUUCCCCCAUUUUGCUUUUUGGCAGCUUACCUGCAUCUGGGUGGCCACCAUCCCAGUGUGUCCCUGGCAUCAUCAAUGCCCUGCCUUGACAGCUUGAGGUCCUGGCAGUCUAGGUUUGCCCUUUGCCCUUUGCUCUUUGCUCAGGGCCAGCUGUUCCACCCUGACCUCUGUUUUGUCACCGCCAGACCACAGGAGGUGAGCACUCGUCUCUGCGGUUGUGGCCAGUGCUGAACUGUGGCUAAUGACUGUCUUUUCUUCUGAGAUGAAGAAGCGUGGAUAGGCUGAUCAGCAGUGGGGCAGAGGGUAGCUCAGUCUUUCAGGAUUCCAGCCGUGCUGUUGAAGGCAUCUACAACCUGUCUUCAGUCAGGAAGCAAAAUUAUAUGCUACCCUCUGGCUCUGUGAGGCACAUGUCCUGGGAGCCUUGGGAAUCAGUUUGGGUCUCAGAAGGCCUCAGGUGUGAGAAGGGCCGUUGGGGAGUUUAGGGGUACCCAUGGUUCAUAGAUGACAUGAGGGUAGGGUCAUUGCUGCAAGUUCCAACCACUCUGUGGUCAUGUACCUAAAAGGCUGACCUCUCCACGCCCUUGUCGGUGACAGGGCUUGAGCCGAGGUAUCUUUUAAAGAUGUUAGCAAGACUGAAUAGCAUAGCAGUGUAAACGUGGGCAUAGAAAAUCAGCAGAUUCACGUGUGAGCUGUGGUCCAGUCACAUGCUGGUUGAGUCCUUGGAAAUUACCUAAUGGUUUCUCAGUUUCACUGUUUCCAAAUAGUGGGCUGACAAGUCCUGCUGGCUCACUGGAGGAUGUCAGUGAAAGACGAAAGUGCUUGGUGGACGCACAGCAAGCCGAGUCUCCAUGAACUGAUGAGUGCUGACGGUGACAGGAUGGGCGCGUACCCAUCAAUUUGUCUAGCAUAUUUAAUUCUGUGUGCAUCACUGUAGCCUGUCGUGCAUUGCCUCACUGAAUGCUCGCAGUGACUCAGGCAACAGAUAACUGCCUUCAUCAUCAUAAAGUAGUAGUGGCCUCAGAAACUCUGACCAGCAGGGGCAUCAGUGAAGAGGUUCUAGGUUGAGAUCAAGUCUGAAUAAAAGGUUCUGGCCUAAUUCCUACAGCCUGUGGCCAGUUUGCCUCAACAGCUUGAAUCUGGACACAUUUAAGCAGCUUUUGGAUGACUGUCUUCUAGAAUCUUCUAGACUCCCAAAUUUUUUUCUUCAGUUGCCUUAUCCCUUGGUUGUUUCUGACCCUGCUUUUGUUGGACUAUGGAAGGAAGAAAGCCACUUCAAAUCUGUUAAAGUCUCCUACCAAGCCAGCAGCAUUGAUUAAAAGCAGCUUAGUGAGUGAGGCUGAAGUGGAGAAUUAGCCUCUGACUAUGGCUGUUGGCAUUUUCUGUUUCUUCUCCCCACCCUUCAUUCUUCCUAUUCACUGCCCAGUAAGCAGGGCAUCAUUGUACUGCCAAGUGAUGGAAACGGUUGAGUGACCACUGUAGAGGUAAUGUGGUCCUCAGUCAGGCUGUGGGGGACAUCAGGCCUGAUGCUGCCUUCCCUGAGGUGCAGUCUGUGGAGUGCUGCACUGAGAACAGCAUUAUGCCUUCUGGACCAGGAGAGUAGCUUUGGGUCGCCUUGGCUGGUCCUCUCUCUACUCCAUGCUGAUUGUUAGGAUGCUGUGCGGUUGGGUGCCUGCUCACUGAAUUCUGUCUCUCUCACUGUCCUUUUUUACAGGCCAAGCUCUAAGGGAGCUUUUGUCUCUCCUGCUCUGUAUGGCUGCUGCUCAGACGCCAGCUCUAGGCAUCUUGUCUUGGGGAAGGGUGAGAUACAUUCCCAGCCUGGCAUUUUCACCAUGGAGAUGGUCUCAGUGCUUGGGUGUCUGUUACUCUCAUGGUGACUUGGUGGAUUAUGUCUUAAUUGCCACCUCCCAGCCACAUAGUCACUUGUAGGCUGAGAGAACAAGAAAUGAAAUCACAAACUACAUUCCACAUAAAAUUACUUUUUAAUACACUCAUUAGAAUAAAUAAUUAACAGCAGGGCAGUAUCUGAAACAGAUGUGAAGGGCCAGGCUGGUUUGGCUUUUGUUGUUGGUGUCCCUGUGAGUGACAGGUUUUGCCACGUACGGGAGGAGACUUGGUGGAAUGAAUUGGUCAGUCGAGGUGCACUCAUGACUGUGGAUUUCCUUUCCUGUGUGCCCUCUGCCUGCUCUUCUGACUUUACUCUUCCUCUGGUCCCUUAUCAGUAGAGUCAUUUACAUACCCUUUGAAUUUACAACCUAAAACUUAUUUUUAGUUAAUUAAAAAAAAAUCAGUGUUUAAAGCAGUAUAAAGAUGCCUGCUAGACUGUGGCAGUUUUGUUUUUAAUGUUCAAGUUAUUUUUUUUAUAAGUUUAAUAAUGUGCUAUAGCUUACAGAUAGCAUCCUAUUAAAAGUGAAUGAACCUUAGCUGAAAUUCAUUGCAAAUUCACAUUUUUCCGCCUAGAAGUCUAAAUUGCUUAGAAAGUUUUCUUAAAAGGAUUGCUUCAGGGGUGAUCUUAAAGUACCUGCCAAUUCAUUUUUUGCUUUGAGAUCUUGGUGUGUUUUAGGCUAGUGAAGGGGGAACACAGUGGAGUUUGUUUAAUCCCAGUUUACUCAGGAUGGAGUAUUCUCUUUGAGUAUUUCCAGCCCUGCUGUGACAUAUGGGAGACACUUGAAAUUAGCUGGUAGCCUUCAUUCAUAUAAGCUGACAACAUAAAGUCAGAUCCCUUCUAGCAGAGCUGGUGACUGACAAGGUAGACUUGGGUAUGUACAGAAUGACUUUCUGUAAACUGGCUGGUCUGAAACCAGAGAAAAAGUAGGCCUAGUGUUUAGGAAUUCUGUUGAAGAUGAGAGGUCAGCCCAUGGCUUCAUAACAAAUACUGACAUAUGCUCUGUACUCAGAAUAAUGCCAUUGCAUGUAUAGAGUGCUUGCCUAGCAUGCAUGGGGUCCAGGGUUCAAUCCCUGGAAAUGCAUACACUGGCCAUGGUGGUGCAUGACUAUUAUCCCAGCACUUGGGGAGAUAGAGGCAGGAGGAUCUAGAGUAGACCCUAUCUUAAAACAAAACAAAAGAAAACAAAAUCAAAUCUAGUGUUUGGACCAAUGCACAUGGCUCUGUCUAUUAAAUGUUCAAAAAGAAAGGUUUUUUUUCCUGUCUUUUUCAUUGUGUUUGCUUAACUUGAAUACAGCAAAAUUUAAAAAAAAAAAAUAGCUCCAUGAACUCCGGCCUUGUAAUUCUGAUUGUGAAGUUGCUAGUGAGGGCGUGCAGAGUCAGUGAUGAAGGCACUGGCAUCCUUGUGUAUAGGCGCCCUGGGCACUGGGGCAACCAAAUCCAAAUGCCUGCAGUGGAUUUGUAUGCCUUCAGAACAUUGUACCUGUUCUAAUACAGUGAGCUUUUAAAACAUUUUGUCUUAAAAAAAAAGUUUUUAUAACUGCAUAGGUGUAGUUGAUUUUCAAUGAUACUGAUUGUAUAACUGAAUUUUUAUAUACAAAAAUAUAUUCUUGAGUACUGCCUUUUCUGUCUUGAGGAUUUGGUUCAUAUGUUUUCUUUUUACUCACUUCAGAGAGAAAGAGUGUUGCUGGAGAGAGUUACCUCUCCCUUUCACAGCUAUUUUCUCCCUUUUCUUUUCUCCAAUAAAUGGUAGCAUCAUAAUCCUUAA